CUGAAAGCGCGUGAAUUGAAACCAUCAGUGUAGCUCGUUCCCUCCUAAGUUCCAUAAUCGUAUAACGAUCGGUUUUAACGGUAACAAACGGUAGGUCAACGAAAACGAAAGUUAUGAAAUCCAAGCGUAUUGUGAUUAUCGGUGCAGGCGCAGCUGGCAUAGCUGCAGCUACACGCCUCUUGGAGUCCGGCUUCGAAAAUGUUCUGCUGCUUGAGGCUGAGAAUCGUUUUGGUGGGCGCAUACACACCGUGCCCUUUGCGGACAAUGUCGUGGAUUUGGGCGCACAGUGGUGUCACGGCGAGCAGGGCAAUGCAAUCUACGAGCUAACGCGCGAUUUGGAUAUGCUGCAGCCCACGGAUGAAAUUGAAGGAGGCUUCGAGUGCAUACGCUCCAAUAAAGAAGUGGUCGCCCAUGCUGUGAUCGAUAGACUCAGAGCAGUUAUCCCCAAUUUAGAGCCAGCACAACAAGUGGGCUUGAAAUAUUAUGAGGGUUCACUAGGCGCGUACGUCACGGAUGCAUUUUGGCGCAAUCUGCAGACGAUGCCUGAUAUCGACAGGGUAAUAGCGCGUGAAUUUUUUGAGAACUGCAAGAAAAAGCUAAGUUCAAUGGAUGGUGCCGAUCAUCUGUUCGAGGUAUCCGGUAAGGGUCAACACGAGUAUCGGGAUUGUGAGGGCGAUCUACAUCUAAAUUGGAAAGAUAAAGGUUUUUGCAGCUUUCUGCGUUUCUUAAUGAAAGCGGAUCGGGAAGACGCAUCCGAUCUAGGACUCUUAAAUGAACGUAUACAAUACAACGCGCGCGUUGAACACAUUCAAUGGCAGUCAUCGACAAGCGAAAUCCGCAUACGCCUUUGGAAUGGCGAACUCAUCUUAGCGAAUCAUGUCAUCUGCACCGUUUCGUUGGGUGUUCUCAAGGAGAUCCAUCAUAAGUUAUUCACACCAGCACUGCCACUGGCUAAAUGUCGAGCAAUUGACGGCCUCAAACUGGGUACAGUGAACAAAAUUUACCUCGAAUUCAAAGAACCAUUCGUACCGCUAGAUUGGCCUGGUUUCUCGCUGCUGUGGCGUGAGGAAGAUUUGGCGGAGCUACGUAAUACGGAGUACCAUUGGCUCGAGGGUAUCAUUAACUUUCAUCGCGUUUCGUGUCAACCUCGCCUACUGCAAGGUUGGAUAAUUGGUCAAUAUGCACGACACAUGGAAACUCUACCCGAAACUGAGGUGUUCGACGCUUUACUGUGGCUUUUUAAGAAAUUCUUAAAACCGGAAGUGCCUACACCGAUAAGAUUUCUGCGCACACGCUGGCACAGUAACCCCAAUUUUCGUGGCAGUUAUUCCUUCCGCUCCGUGUAUACUGACGAAGUAAGAACUAGCAGCUCGGACUUGGCGACGCCAAUCCUCGAUGAAAGAGACGGCAAGCCGCUAUUGCAAUUCGCCGGCGAAGCAACGCAUCCACACUUUUAUUCGACGGUUCAUGGUGCGGUAGAGAGCGGUUGGCGAGAGGCGCAACGCUUGAUUGCGCACUAUCUGGAACACAACCCGCUCUUGUGAAAAUAGUUUGAUAGCCCUGAAAGCACGUGCAGGGGCUACCGUAGCGAUAGUUUAGAUGGCGAAUGCGAUAAUUAUUAUGAUUGCUAUUGUAAUCAAUAACCUGAUAAAUAGUUGCUCA